AAUAAUGACGUCCUUGAAUUUAUUGUUGCUAGCCGGUGCAUGUGUGUUUUGAUAAUUGUACAAACUAUUUUUGUUAUAUUCGUUACGGGCGACGUGGUGCACGCAGAGCUUCAACUCAAUCAAGCUCGCAAUGUUAAAGUGGAGUGUGACUCUGGCCGGAGGAGCAACGCAGUCUCCCAAAAGAACUCCGUCCAACACGUUCCAGAAGAACAACAUAGCAAUUUCUAAAGGUAAAUUCGUGAAGGACAUCUCAAUUUUGCCCCCGGCGUGUGGCUUCGAAAGCACAGAUCUAAAGAACCGCAGUUACGACUUCCCUAUGGAUGACAGUGUUGGAAAAACUUCCUUUGGCGAACGAGAGUUUGUUUUGCCCAAGCAUUUGGUGGUUCUAAAACCUCUUCGACGUCGUAUGCCGGAGACAAGAAGAAUUUUAAGGGUUGAAGUUCAUUCAGACGAGUUGAUGGCUCCUGAGAGUGUAGAAACUCAGAACACAGUCGACAAGUGUCAAUCUGAAGAGGAACCCACCAUACGAAAUGUGUUCGUUCAAUCGGAUGAAGAAACCCCACCCAAACUUACGAGAAGUUCUUCGUCUUCGGGGGAUAGUGUCGUAACCAGACGGACGAGCAUCGCCACAGGAUUUACUAAUCUGGUCAUCGAAGCUGCUUUUGAGUCCAGAUUUAGAGACGAGGAUGGAUAUCUGUCUAGUCACGACCCAAACCAGUCUGAACUCGGAGAGGAUUAUUACAACUCACUAGGGUCUACGCAUGAAUCACCAGACCGUCUUGGUGGAGAAAUACCUAGGUCGGAUGCUCCACGUCUGCUCAAAGUAAGCGGAAAUACCACAGAAGAUGAUAUUUACAGUGAAGCAUGCAUGCUUUUUGAUUCUGAGUCGACUAUUUAUGAGAAGUUCAACUAUUCGAAUCCUAAAAUGAAUCGUAUAGGCCAGGAAAUGAACUUCUCCGAGUUCUGCGAUAGCCGUCUUCUCAGUACGAUCUCGAAGUCAUCUGAUAUUGACGAAGAAUCGGGCGAAGACGUUUCUAUAACCAAAGAAAUUGACGACAAAAGUAAUUUUCGAUCCUUUUUCACUCAUAGCACGCCAUUGAAAACCCCUUCUGUGCGAUGUGAGGCGAGAGCAUCUUUUCAUGAAAUUCCCGAUGCGUCAGAAAAGAUUGAAGUUUUCCCUCAUACAUCGCGAGAAUUCAGCAAGUCUGCAGAGGACCUCAUUUGCGAAUCAGCUGUUAGACCCGGGGUUAGAUUCGAGAGCAUUUCUCAGUCUGAGCGAAAGAAAAAGAAAUUAGGCUCAGCUUGGGAUAAAAUAAAUUUUACUGGAAGCUUUGGCAAACGACGAGGCCGUUUUCUUUCCCCAACAAGCAAAUUUGCUCUCGAUGAAGCUGCAGAGAAUCGAGAUUCAGAAAAUAGUCAGUGUUACGCUUCAUCUACGUUGCCAGAUCAAAGAAGCUUCUCGACGAAACGAUGCUCAAGCGACUCUCAGCUCCUGGACGCAGCCCAAGUCUCGACCCGCGCCGAUCCCCUAAAUGACAAUGCGUCGGAAGACAGCAGCUUAGCAAACGGUAGAUCUGAGCCCGUCAAUUCCUCGUUCAGACAGAGAAUCAGUAAGUUCUUCCACGACUGUCCAAAAUAUCCAUUAAGUAACUUAGGUCGAAGGGCUUCUAACCCCAAACUGGAACCGAGUCUUGACUCGACCAAGAGUCCCGAUGACACCAAGAAGAAAUUUAAUUCCCAGUGGCCGUUCAAGGUCAGGUUGGUCAAGAUGGAAAAGGUGCCAUCUAAUGGAGGUUUGAAUAAUCAAGAAAAACUCUCUCGAUCGACAAUAUCGAGCAUUACAAAGAACAUAUACAAAGUAACUCCUCGUAGCAAAGUGCCUGUUGAAACAGCAAAAUUUUAUGUUGAUUAUCACAAAGAUCGUCGCGAUAUGACGAAAGAGCCACUCCAUGAUGUUCAGUUUUUUCACACGCCUCGAGUGAAAAUGAAACCUCCUGAUAACUUUCCUAAAGAAACGGUUUCAGAUAACGAAAGUAAAGAAAAAAGUCUACAUUCAGUGAUUCAGUCUGAUAUUUUCACCCAAAAAUAUGAUGAAAUAAAAUACAAUCAUAACGGCAAAGAUGCGCCUCCUGCACCGGCAACCCGACUGCGAUCCAAAUCUUUGGAGAAUGGCAUCAAAAAUGAAACAAGGACCGCAAUUCCCGUACCUCGCACAAUAUUUCUCACUCAAGUAACUUCUAGCGGCCAAUUCGCAGAAAAAGUCAGAGUGUCAAUCUCCACGAGACAUGAAACUCUCUCUCGACACGUUAACCACACUCUCCCUAAACGACGUUCUUCAAAAACUUCUGUGGAUAUAAACAGCAACCGACCGUCAUCUGCCACUGGAGACGGUAUCUACGAGCCUGUCGGUCGUCCUCUCACAUCAGGCGAGGUCUACUUGACUUCAAGUUAUGAAUGGCUGGACUCGCCAGAUUCCUGGAGCGAGCGACAGUGUUCUUCCAUAAGAACCUCUUCUUUGCCAAGUUUGUCGGGCAGCAGCUCUGGAGCGGUGGCAAGCGUAUCGGGCACGUCUGUGGGCAUCACCACUGGGUUCUCUAGGCUGGGCACCAGCACUGCCCAGCCGUCACCUAGUGCUAGCCACUCCGAGCCGGCAUCACCGAACCCUAGCCAUUCCUCUCGGUCUUCUUCCGGUCCGAGCUAUUCCUCUAAGACAUCCUCUAUUUCAAGUCAUUCGAACUCUCUGAAAGGCCCUAACCAUUCUUCCCAGUCAACUAGCGUCACUCACACCCAAUCAUCACAAGGUUCCGGCAACUUCUUUCGCAACCCCAGUCAGCCUCGUCUUACGUCAGGACCAAGUCAUCCUUUGUCGCAGCCUGUAUGCUCAAGCACGUCGCAAGCCUCUAACACAAAGCCUCGAUCAUCUGUUAUUAACAAAUCAAAAACGUCUUCUACGCUCUUAUCUUCCUCUUCCCGACUCCUUUCUUCAGACGAUAAUAACUCCAACGUGCAGUCGUAUAACGAACGCGGAAAGGUAUCCGAAAUUUCCCCGAAAGAAUACAUAUAUGAUACCAAAACUUCUUCUCAAACACACAACUCUUCGCCCUCAAAUGACCACGAUGCUGGUACAUACUAUUCCCCAACUAAACAGAAAACAUUACCAUCUGUAAUUUACAAUUUUUCCAACUCGCCUUCGAAAGAAUCCAAACGUCCUCAAGAGAUGGCUCCUUCGACUGCGUUCAGUGAGACCCUCGUCAAGUCUUCUGCGUUGGAACCCUCAGCUUUGCCGGCGCUGGGACUGUCUGGUGCAGAGGAUCGAGACAGUCUGAUGUGGUGCUCCGACGCUGACUUUGAUGCUGCCGUCGCCAGACUCAGCAUGAAGGGCUUGAUCGAGCUGGUGCAGAGUCUGCAGGACGCGAUGGUGGUGGAGCAGCAGACUUUCGACACCCUCACUCUGCAGCUGGAGAGCACGAGCGACUCUGUGGUGCAGCAAAGGUUGUCUGCAGCGCUCUGCACCAGCCAGACUAGACUUGCCAGACUCUGCGCCCGCAACAUGCGAUGCUUUUCUCAGCAGUCGCUCAAGUCUCGCCACAAAGAUUCGUCAUCCUCCCGAUCCACUCAAGCCCCUGAUCGAACGAAGUGCACUUCAAACGUGUCUAAGACAACGAUAUCUUCUUCACCUACUCCCUUCGACUCUGGCCACUCCUCAUCUUUCGCUUCGGAGUACCCCUUGGGGCGAGACAACUCGUUUGAGAGCCGCUCUGAAAGUCCUCGAGAUUCCGGACUUGCGGUGUCUUCAAGUACCGGAUCCGACGGAGAGCUCGACUUCUGCAAGUCCGUUCCGGGGUCUCCUUCCCUACCUCCUCCGUCUACGGUCUCGGGAUUCAAGAAUUCCUUGGCUUUCUUCCAACGAGCUGCUCAUCUCGUCGUCAACAACGCGCGUCAUGCGCAGUCCGGUGCUCGAGACAAAGCUCGCAAGCGAAGGCCGGGCAAUUCUGACACCUCCUCGGAGGAUCUCCCUCAUUCCCGCAGCCUUGAUCGGCUUGGCGACGGCCGCUCUCUGAAGUUUGGGGAUCUUCCUAACGAAGGACGCGCUCAUCAAGUAGCCAGCAGGACUCGUAGUCUCGGUCGGGAAGAAGUGGAUGAAGUUUGCGUCGUGACUGGAAAAGAUUCCGGGAAAGACGAGAGUUUCAACGGCGGCUCCGAGGUUUCAUCCGAUGCUGGUACUUACGAACAAGUUCUCUUCAUUAAUGGUCGUCCCCAGUACCAGGAUGACUUCAGGAGAUCGUACAGCUGUGAGGCACUAGACUCGUGGACAAAUGCCUGCAAUUCGUCCGCCCUGUCCUCCACUACCACAGUUAAUAUCAGCCUUUCGUCACCGUCAUCGGGCCAUCAGAGCAGAAAUAAAAAGCCCCGUAGAACUAAACAUUACGAUAACUUCUCGUCACCAUCGCGACACUCGAACGUGGCAACUUUAUCCAACAUAAGUAGUGAUGGUGGUUGGACUCGAGUAGUUCUGGACGGGAGCAGUAGCAACAUCUGCAGCAGCGAUUUGCCAGCAGAUGUAACAACUGCCAAGUGCCGUUCCAUGGGAACGAAGAGCCGCUUCGACGGAGCGACCACCGUCAGUUACACGCAAGCCGGCACUUGGGUAGGUGAUUGUGGUGGUGCAGUGCGAGACGUCGAGCCUACAGCAGCGGUGAACGUUACACUACCGAGGAGGAAGCCUUACCUCAAUCUAAAAAGCGUCACUACCGGUAGCGGUAGUUCUGUUGUGAAUAUUUACAGUGGUAGUGGAGCAAGUGUUAAUAGUACUAACGGAGAAAGUUACGACGUGUCUCCUUGCAGAGAAUCUUUACCUAUUGUCAGUGGUGUUAACAUUAAGCGUUCUCAGAGUUUCAAAGAAGGGUUGGACGACUCAAGAAGUAGUUUUGUGCCUCGGUCGUUUCCUCUCACACGUACACAGAGCUACAAUGAUGGGUUGUCCGGGGAAUACGUAGAAUUCGAGAGGCCCUUGAGUCGCGUGCCGUCUGUCGAUGAAAUUUUAGAGUCAGUAAGAAAUUUACGUGUCAAGAAAAACAUGGUCAAGUCCACGCCCGACCUUUACCAGAACAUUGGCGAACCCGUAUACCAUACGGCAUCCAUGCCUCGUCAGAAGUCAAGUAGCAAGAACAAAAGCGGGAGGUCCCCUGGUCCGUCCGGUAUCAUAGGAGUGAGGUACACCUCAAACAAAAAUGUAGAACAUGUGUAUGAUAGAGUUCCUGAACCCCACUACGAACAAAUCAGCGAGAACGGCGAUCCGUAUUACGAGAACAUCCACAAAGAGACUACCAAUUAUGAAAACGUUAGCAACAAGUCCAAAAAAGAAGUAAUUUAUGACAGGCCUAGAUCGAACAAGUUGGUUGAAAAUAAAUAUGAUCUAGUCCAAGGCCAACUGUUGUACGAAAAUGUUUCUCAAUACGACCUGUCAUUGUACGAGAAUGUUAUCGAUGAUGAACCAACAUAUAUGAACGUCACAGGCUCGAACUCCGGUUCCAGGUCUAAGAAAGACCGCUCCAGCAAAGAGAACCAUCGAUCCAGGUCUUCGAAUUCCAGUAAGACCUCCGACGAUUUCAACGGUGGCCAGACUUACGACAUCCCAAGAUCAGCCACUCACAUUUACGAUACUCCCAAAAAAUAUUCACGCCCAGUGAUUGCGCCAGAGGACGAUUUUUCCGAAUACGCCAUCCCGAAGAACAAUCGCUGUGUGGCGCCUCGUGGCGAGGUGACCGAGGUGGACCGAGUCCAGCUGGCCAAGCAGGAUCAGAAACGUAAAAUCGAUGACAUCUUCGCUGAAGUCGACAGGAGCACAUACGAUGAAGCUGAUGUUCGACGGCACCCAGAAAUUCCACCGCCUGACUACGGCCUAGACGACGGCGGGGCGGAGUAUCCUGACGAAGGCCUGGGCGAGUGCGAGGGCCGCCCCUUCUACACCGAGGAGCAAGGACUAGAAGUUAUUUUGGAAGAGCCCGAAGAAGAUUACUGCAGCAGCCCCGUGAGCCAGCUCGAGGAGGAGUUCCCUAGAGGGUCGAACCUGCGGUUGCGCCUCAAGUCGGGGGAGCGAUCUUCCUUGGACGGGUCCGAGGGCAUCGGGUCCGCUGAAGGCGAUUCAUCUGGCGGCGGAUCGGACCACUACAACGAGGAAGAGGAGGAAGAAGAUUGCGCCAGUUCUGGCAUUCACAGCCAAGACACUCCUUCACCGAGCACACCCAUCGACCAGUACAAAGACGACACUAGCGACAGACAUCAGCUGAGGCACGAGGAGCGUGUGCAGAAGGACCGCAGCAUCGACGUAUAUCCCGAAACUCUUCGACAACGACAACGCAGCAUGGCCCCUUCUCCCAGCAAAGUUGACAUAAAGAACUGGAAUCAAAAUGACCUUCCGGUUCGAGAACCUACGUCGCCAUCAAGUGGUAAGAAAUUUCUUCCUUCUGUAAAAGCUUUGCGAAGCCAGUUCGAAACCGGCAAGGCCGGUAACAGCGGUUCAAGCAAUGGCUCCAUUUCCCCCGUUUCAACCUUCUCGAACUCGAGCAACGGAAGCGGAGCGACACACCAUAGAGCGUCGAGCCGCAACGAUUCCGUAACGAUGCUGACCCGUAAGCCUUCGGGAUCGUCUCUGGCAAGUUCUUCUCUGGAGAAAUCGAGCAGCAACACAAGCCUGAACUCGGCUCCCAGUUCGGAGAACCUGCUUGACGGCGAGCACAACAGCGGCCCCGUGGAGCCAAUCUUCUGCCAGUUUCAGAAGGUUGACGAGGAACUCCGGGAGCUCAUGAGUAGACCGACGUCUACAUCAGGAUGGGACCCUCGGCUGAUCUUGAAGCGCUUGUACUUCAUACCUGAGAUGCCGAGGACGCACUCCAAGGGCCACAGCUACACGAAUAUUGAAGGAUUCUUAGAGAAGCUGCCUUCAGGCCGAAAGAAGGCCACCUUCUGGAAUGCUUGGAAGAAACGAUAUUUCGUCGCUAAGGAUGGUGUUCUAUGCUACUACCAGAACUCACAAUGCGACAAGCCAAGUCUCCGCCUAACUCUCAUGGGGGGCAAAGUCGAAACGAUGGAAGCAAACAUGGUCGGAGUCGACGAUGGGCCUCUAACGCCAGAGGACAAUGCUGCCAGAAUCCUCAGCGCCGACGAUGGGAAGGGGCACUACGUAGUUAUGCGCUGCAGUUCAAGAAGCGAGGCUGAGCGCUGGCGUAAGGCUCUUGAGACUCACCUGGUCGAGGACUUCGCCAGUCAGUACGUGCAACCUCAUCCCAUGACGACCAACCCCACACUGCUGCGUGACACGCUCAUCAUCGACAUCGGGUCGUGCAGCGUGCGUGCUGGCGUGCUAGCUUCACAGGCGACGCUUCCUCAGAUUUUCUUCCCCACGGUGCUGGCCACUGACCGGGAGAGCAGACGGCAGAUCUGGGGCGCUGAAGCCCUCAGCCCCGAAGUGCGAUCUUCAUCGAGCCUGUCGUUCCCCAUCAGGCCAUCACACAGGAUAUCUAAGUACACUGUCGACUUGAAUGCCGUGUCAAGUUUGCUCUCAAAAGUUUUCUCCGAGCUCAAAGUUGACGCCCGGAACUACAACCUUCAGAUAUCUGCGCCCAGAAUCCUCAAUCAGCACACACAGUCUGAGCUCAUCAAGAUCCUCUUCGAAAAGUUCGGGGUGAAGGGCGUGAACAUCACCCACCAGUCCAUCCUGGCGCUGUACGCGUACAACGCCACGUCCGGCAUCGUCGUCGACAUCGGCGAGCGCAUGGACAUCGUGCCCGUUACUGACGGCUACAUCAUCGAGGGCGGCGUAUCGCGCGUGCCGUAUGGCGGCCACCGCAUCCUGGACCACAUACGUCAGUUACGAUCAUUACGAUAUAACGGCGAACUCUGCCUAAGCCUUCAAUCUUAA